CUCUGGGUUGUUGUGGGGCGGAUGUCCAGUCCGCCUGUCAUCUUCGCUCAGUCCUGCGCUCAGGCCACCGUCGCCGUCCACAGCGAACACACCGAACCUCCUUAAUACGGCUUUGUUUGUAAGGUGAAUGAUGACGUACCUGCUGAAGUACAUGUCGCUGCGGGCCCGAGGCGAGCCGGUCAGGUGGGUGCUCAAGGUGCUUGGAGUCAACUACACAGAGGAAACCUUCGACGUCCUCGGGGAGUGGCCCGCCCGGAAACAAGAAUUCAAGUUCAGGAAGGUGCCCGUGCUGAUGGUCGACGGCGAGCAGCUCCACCAGACCACCGUCAUCUGCAGGUUCCUGGGAGAGAGGCAUCACCUGGCCUCGGGAGACCUUUGGACGGCCACUCGGCAGAUGGAGGUCGUCGAGGCUCUCCACGACCUCACGAACAGCAUGGGGAUGGCCUUGUUGGCCAGAAAAUACGGGAACGAGGAGCGGCAGAAGGCGAUGACAGGGCUGACAGCGGCUCAAUUCCCAGUCGUCUUGAGCAACAUCGAAAGCAGGAUAACCGACAAAGGGUGGAUCCUCUCUCAGCAGAUGACGUGGGUUGACGUGUUCAUAGCAGCUUACCUGGAUGUGUAUGAAAAUUACUUCCCAGGUGUGGUAGGCAAGUUCCCCCUCUGUGAAGCUCUCCGGCGCCAGGUCCAGGACAUACCAGUUAUUAAGGCGUGGCGACAAGAGAGGCCGGCGUGGCACUCCUUUGAAGACCCCCAAGGCUUGGUGGCGCUGAGCGACGGAUCGCAAUAGACGUCUUUUCGAUGUCGGGACCCCAGAAUAUGUGAUCCUAGAGUGCAAACUCCAUUUAUGCGUUUUAUUGGUUCCAGCACAUUCGGAAUAUCAUGAGCCAUAAUAAGCGAAGAAAAUGAAAACUUUGAUAAUGAUAUAUCAUAAAUAUAUGUAAGACCCCAUCAGCUGUGUUUAAUCACCGGUUCAAAGAUUCGUUUUGAUACACGCUUAAACUUUCAGCUGUAAAUACGCACAUAUAGAUUCAUUCACGUACUCUUAUACAUACACACAUGUGCGAGUUCAAAAUAAGCCGUUGAGCCAACCAAAAAUUUAUUUCAGGAAAUGCAUACCACAGAAUGGAGCAAAACGCUUCCCUCUUGAAUGUACGGUCAAUCUGAAUGAACCAAGCCUAAAGGAAUUUCAAGGUUUAACAAGUGGAAAACUGCCGUGACGAGCAUGACUGCAGUGUGAAAGAGCAAAUAUGAGCUCCAGUUACGCUGAUCCCAGAGAGUGGCAAGAGAUUUAAGAGCGGGGGGAGACGGAACUAGUAAUAGGAGGGAAGUCUAGUCAAGCUGUAUGUAAAGUC